AUGGAGAGCAUCGCAGAAAACAGCAAACCCAACGCCACGGGCAAAAUGACCUUCCUUUCCCGAAUGGAAACCUUUGCCGCUGCCCACAGGCUGAGCAGCAAACUGCUUAACGAUGAAGAGAACCGGAAGCUGUUCGGGAAAUGUAACCAAAGCCACGGGCACAAUUAUAAAGUGAUCGUGACUGUACGUGGACAGAUGAAUCCUAUCAGUGGCAUGUUCAUGAACAUUUACAAACUUCAGGAAUACAUGCAGGAAGCAAUUCUGGAACCUCUGGACCACAAGAACCUGGACCAGGAUGUGGAUUUUUUUGCUGAUGUUGUCAGUACGACAGAGAAUUUAGCCAUCUACAUCUGGCGCAACCUUGAAAAAAUCCUUCCGGCAGGAUGCCUGUACAAAGUCAAGGUCUAUGAAUCUGACAAAAACUUCAUUGUUUACAAGGGAGAAUAAAAAUGUAGAC